AUGUGGCGUGCUGGGAAAACCUCUUUACCAACUCGGGCUAACCUUGUCAAAAGGAAAGUCCUAGAUGAUGCGCUAUGCCAGGAAUGCAAGCUUUACGCAGAGGAUACUCUGCAUGCGAUCUGGUCUUGUCUGAAAUUGAUUGACACAUGGAAAGUUCAUUUCGAUCAACUGAAGGCAGACGCGGUACACUGCGCAUCCUAUCUCGAAGUCAUUGAUAGAGCUUCACUUGUUAAAACCUCUUUCGAGCUUUUUGCAAUGACGGUCUCUGCAAUUUGGAUGCGGCGCAAUAAGAUCCGGCUGGGUGAAACGGCACUUCCACUAGGACAGAUUCCAACCUCGGCUUUUGAUGCUCUUCAGGAGUUUCAGCAGCUGCGUCCUACACAUGCCAAGAUACCACAGACAGCUCGUGCAGUGCGUUGGAGGCCACCACCUGAAACCUGUGUCAAGGCGAAUUUCGACAGAGCGGUUUUCUCACAGGAUGGACUAGCUAGCAUCGGCAUUAUAAUCCGCAAUGAACAAGGAUUAGUUAUGGCUGCUCUCUCACAACAAAUUCCACUACCUACUUCGGUGGAGAUGGUGGAAGUGCUAGCAGCUCGCUGGGUUUUGGUUUUUGCUAAGGAACUCGGUUUUGACAGAGUGAUUGUGGAAGGAGAUUCUGCAAUCACUAUUACCUCUAUUAAUGGAGGACACAUGGAUCACUCGGCUUUGGGUCAUGUUUUGUUGGAUAUCAAAAGUUUAUUUUCUUGUUUUUCUCAUAUUUCAGUUCAGCAUAUUACUAGAGAAGGAAAUUGUGUGGCUCACAAGCUUGCUAGACGAGCUACCAAUUUUCCUUUUUUGGUCUGA